CUCCCACAGUUCUAUAUAGGUCGUGUACUGUAACCAUUCCUGAACACUUCGAACACCUCCCACCUAAAAAUUACGUUCGCAUCGUUGCUUUCGCGCCUGAUUUGCGGAGAGCCUUCUUUCAUGGCGCAGCUGCCUAAAAGCACCGCUAAUUAUCCCAGCAAAACAGCUCGAAUGCGGACGUUGGCAAAACAUAGCUCCGCACUUCGAGCGCGUAACGCAACCGCUUACAGCUUUCUGCCUUCUAAAGGCCAAUGACCAGCGGCCAGCUCCGCCUGGCUUCUCAGCCUCGUCGACCUGAAGAUGGACCGGCGCUUCUGCAAGACAAAGCCAGCUCCAUGGAGCCAUUACUUUGCUGCUAUCCUUUCCAUCGCCAACCUUUACAGUUUUGCUAACCCUACUAUCCAACCUAUUCUGCCGCCAUGCCAGAACACGAGCUCCGCCUCCUGGCCCUCGAUGGAGGCGGCGUUCGAGGCCUUUCAACACUUCAGAUCUUGAAGCAGCUUAUGGCAGUCGUUGAUCCAGAAUCGCCGCCAAAGCCGUGCGACUAUUUCGACAUGAUCGGCGGCACCAGCACUGGCGGUCUUCUCGCCAUCAUGCUUGGCCGGCUUCAGAUGACGGUCGACGAGUGCAUAGACGCAUAUGUCUCGCUAUCCGACCGCGUGUUUCAGAAGCGGAGACACCGGGUGACAAUCAAAGGCAACAUCCAGGGACGAUUCGACUCGACUGAGCUAGAGCGCGCAAUCAAGGAGAUUGUUGCGAGGAAAGGCCUGACAGAGGACGCGCUCUUGAAGGACGAAGUGGACGCAAAGUGCAAAGUGUUCGUUUGUGCAACAAGCGAGGAGACGGGCGACACGGUGCGGCUCACCAGCUACCGCUCGCCACGCGGGCGUGAACGACUGCUCCGCACGGCCAAGAUAUGGGAAGCAGGCCGAGCAACGUCAGCAGCCUCGUCCUUUUUUGAUCCCAUCACAAUCGGCGACUUCAAGGAGGGCUUUGUCGACGGGGCUACAGGGGCGAACAACCCGGUGUAUGAGGUGUGGAACGAGGCUCAAGACAUAUGGCCAUCUGGCUCGCUUGAAGACAAGAUUAAGUGUUUGGUGUCGAUUGGGACGGGGGUUCCGUCACUUACGCCGUUUAAGGAUGAUCUAGUCGGUAUUGGCCAGAGUCUUCUGGCGAUUGCCACGGAGACAGAAAAGACAGCAGAGCGAUUCUCCCGCGACAAGUCAGGGCUCGACGACACGGGAAGGUACUAUCGGUUCAACGUGUUGAGAGGACUGGAGGACAUUGGAUUGGAAGACUCAAAGCGGAAGAAUGCGAUUAUCGCGGCUACAGAUCGAUACGUGGAGUCGCAGGUGGUGUUUAAGCAGAUGAAAGCUUGUGCGGACAACAUGUCCGGAAGACAAUAUGCAGGAAGCUACCGAACACCGUUUAGUCUGCAAGGCGUGCCUGUAGUGAACAAGUUUGUAGACCGGCCAUUAGAUAUAGCCGAACUCGAGCAAGCCCUUCUCCCGCAGAGACAGUGCCGCCGCAAGAAAGUAUUUGUGUUGCAUGGUCUUAGCGGAAUGGGCAAGACGCAGCUUGCUGUCGAAUUCGCAAGGAGGCACCAUCGGAAGUUCAGCUCGGUGUUCUGGCUCGAUGGCAGAACGGAAGACAGCCUCAAACAGAGCAUUGCGACUUGUGCAAGUAGGAUUCCAGAAGGGCAGAUUGCAGAGAGCAGCAGGGCGUGCUCGGCUACGGGUGAUGGCGAUAUUGAUGCCGUGGUUAGGGAUGUAGAGGGCUGGCUGAGCCUGCCGGACAAUACCGACUGGCUGAUGGUCUUUGAUAACGUUGACCGAGACAGCGAAAGGCGCGAUGCCGACCCCGACGCAUACAAUGUCACCCGGUAUCUCUCCGGAGCAGACCACGGAUCAGUGCUAGUUACAACUCGGCUCGCCAACUUGGAGCAGCUCGGUGGGUCGCGGAAGCUGGGUAAGCUUAGCAAGGACCAGGCGCAGGCUGUGUUCCGGCAACGGUAUGGAGGCACUUGUGACACAGUCAACAGCGAGGCGCUGUUGAAGCUCCUUCACGGCUUACCGUUGGCCAUUGCACAAGCUGCCUCCUAUCUGCGGCAGAGCGGAGUCGGUGUCAGGAAAUACAUCGAGCUCUACGAGCAGCAAUGGAAAGGCCUUAUGGAAUCGCAAGACCAAACCGGCAUGCCGCUUCACGAUUACCCCGACCGUAGCGUUUGGACAACAUGGACAAUUUCGUACCAUGCGAUCCGGGCUAAGAGCAUAGCGGCGGCUAACCUGCUCCUGCUUUGGGCGAGUCUGGACAACAAAGACGUAUGGUACGGUCUCCUUGGCGAAGCAAGCAAGCAAUCCGCACACGUGGCUGAUUAUUUAUCGGAGUGGCUCCCUAACGUAGCAAGCAAUGAGGUUGAGUUUCUUGGGGCGGUUCAACUAUUGCGCAGCUACUCUCUGGUAGAGGACGUGCAAGAUCUAGCGAGCUACACAACUCACCCGGUGGUGCACCGAUGGGCGUUCCAUAUGCAGGACAAGGAGCAGCGGGUGGUGUUUACGCAACUAGCAGUGGUGGUAGUCGGGUGGGCAGUGCCGCACAGGUCAGAGAAGCAGCACGCGAUGGUGCAACGUCGGCUCUUAGGCCAUGCGCAGCGGUGCUUUCAAUGGGUCGUAAGAGCGGACAUUUAUGAGGAUUAUGUAGUGCUGGGUGCAAUUCACAGGCUGGGAAUGCUGUACGCGGACCAGGGCAAGCUGGGCGAGGCAGAGAAGAUGUGCGAGCGAGCGCUGCAAGGAUAUGAGAAGGCACUCGGGGCAGAGCACACAUCGACACUCUCCACGGUUAACAACCUGGGCCUUCUCUACGCGGACCAGGGCAAGCUGGGCGAGGCAGAGAAGAUGUACGAGCGAGCGCUGCAAGGAUACGAGAAGGCGCUCGGGGCAGAGCACACAUCGACACUCGACACGGUUAACAACCUGGGCAACCUCUACAAGAACCAGGGCAAGCUGGGCGAGGCAGAGAAGAUGUACGAGCGAGCGCUGCAAGGAUACGAGAAGGCACUCGGUCCAGAAAAUGUUACCACUUAUGUCCCAGCAUUAAAUACUGCCUAUAAUCUGGGCUCGCUACUCGCUACUGAACAAAAGAAUCGCGAGGGAGAGAGUUAA